AUGCCGCCAGAUAGGCUGGAUACCAGGCGCGUCAACGAGCGCGCGCACGAGCGCACCAAAGAGGUGCACCCUGGCCCUGCGGCGCGGUGGCCCUCCUGGAGCGCGAGCUACGGCUGGCUCGACACGCCCACGUGGCCCUUCGCCAGCGCCGCAGCUGCGCGUGCGCCAGGCGUGCGGGGGCCCAAAGCCAAGGGCUCCCACGAGGGCGCGAAGUUCGUGAAGGUGGAGUUCCUCCUGGGGGUGACGGUGCGGCGGCUGCCGAGGCGGCUGCGGCAGGGCUGGCUCUGGCGCCCGUGGCGCCCCCGGCUGGCGGCGCCGCGGCUGGCGACUCGGCUCCUCCUGACGGCGGCGGGCGGCCUGGCGGCGCGCAGCAGCGGUGCCGCUGGCCGCCACGGCCUCGGCUGCGGCCAUCCUGGGCCUUCCGACGUGGACUUCCCCGCGCAGGCCGCGCGCUUGAAGUCCAGCGCCACGAAGGGCGUCUGCCGCGAGGUCGCGCAGCUCGAGGAGGUCCCGCAGGGGCCGCUCGUCGGCCUCUCGUCGGAGACGCGAGGGGGGCUGGGGCAGAGGCUCGCGAGGCAGAGGAGCUUGCUCGACGCUCGGGGCGGAGCAGCUGGCCAAGCGGGCAGCGCAGCCCAAAACAGCCGCCCUGCGCUCGGCGGGCCUCGCGCUCGGCAAAACGAGGCAAGGGUCCGCGGCGAGGAGAUUGCCUUGCAGGACACCGAGUCCGCACUGGCCGAGGCGCCGAGGGCACUCCGCGAGGCCCACCAGCGCGCGGCGGAUUGCCUGCAGGCGGCCGAGCAGGCCAAGAAGGUCGAGCUGCUCAAGCAGGGCUUCGGGGCGAACCUGGCUGGGGCGUUGGAGGCCCUAUCGCGGCGGGCGGCGGCCAUCCGUGAGCGCGGGCCGUUCCGUUCACUGGCCCGCGCGGCGCGGGCCGGCAGCUGCCCGGCUGAGGGCGGUGACAUCGACGGCGACGACAGCGACGCGGAGCUCCUGCCGCGCCCCGAGCUCGCGCGCGGGCUGGCCAAUGCGGCCGCGCCCAUCACCGAGGACUUGCUCCUGGUCGACGGCCCCGGCGCCGCGGGGAGAGCGGCCUUCGGCAACCUGGUGAUCGUCGGGGCCAGUGGUGCCAACCUGCAGGCGGAGCGCGCCGCUGGGGCGGCCUCGGCCUCCUGCGGCGCCCGCGAGGGGCCGCAGCCGGGGCCGCACGCGGAGCUCCGAGGGGAGCCCUUGGCAGCCGAGAGCGUCGCCAGCGCCCAGCCUCCUCAGUCUCAGCCGCAGGCGCCUCUCGUCGGCGCGCUGCUGCGCGUGCUCGGCAAGGCGGCGCCGGAGCCCGCCUACUCGGAGCCAGAGCUGCACCAGAGGACGUCGUUCAAGCUCCGGCGGAGCGUAUCCACCAGAGUACGCGCCCAGGUGGACUCGUGGGAGCCUGCCAGUGCUGCUGGCGCGGGGAGGCGGGAGCAGGACGACCACUUUGCAGACAGGACCGUGCUCGACUGGCAUGACGACGCGGCCCGAGGCCCAGAUGCGGCGGCCGCGCCAGGCGGUGGUGCCCCGGAUGCAGGGCGACCGCUGAUGCGGAUCGUGAGGAUGCUGAUGGCGGACCCGCUGGGGGAGCCACCGGGCGGCCAGGGCGCGGCCGGGGGCUCGGCCGAGCAAGCUCCGGCAAGCCCAGCAGGUAGCAACGUGUCUGAGAUCGAGGUUCUAGAGGAGUGCAGCGUGCCAGGUGCUGCAGCCGGCCGGACAGUUUGGCCACACGGCUGUGCAGACACAGCCGCGGUCAGCCCGGCGGGCUGCGAAGUUUCGGUGGUCGAGUGCCACGAGGAGCAGAACGGCGACUCUCAGAUUAGCACAAGAAGCCCGGGGCCAUGGCCACGCGGCCGGGCAGGUGCCCCCGCAGCCAGCCCAGCGCGCAGCGAGGACUCUGUGGUAGAGUGCCCCGAGGCAGCCAUCGACGCCAUCGACACUCUUGGUGUCGAAGUGGACGAGCAGGGUCGACCAGGUGCAACCGCGGACGGUCAGAAUGCGGAUCUGGUUCCUGGAGCUUGGAUGCCUGUCGAGGCCGCCAGGGACUGCGAGGGCGAAGCGCGCCUCGGCGCCGUCGACAGCCCUUGUGCCGAAGUGGACGAGCAGGUUCGAGCAGGUGUAUCUGUGGACGGUCGGAAUGCGGAGUUGGCCCCUGAAGCUUGGAGGGCUGCUGAGGCCGCCAGGGGCUGCCAGGGCGAUACGACCACCAACGGCUGCGAAGACGAGGGCUGCGCGGCCGCUGGCGUGCUCGCCCUGGCGGCGCGCUUCGGCAAGACCGUGCAGCGACGAGCCUCUGCAGCCCCGCGCACGGAUCGGCCCGGGAGCCAGGCUGCAGCCGCAGACGCAGACCCUUGUCCACAGCCCGGCGUCGACGGCGCCAUGGGCAGCGCGCAGGCGCCGGCGAGUGCCGCAGCGGGCGCUGCAGAAGCCGGCGACGGGGCGCCGGCCGAGUCCAACCACGCGCGCCACUUGGGCGCCCUGGCGCUCGGCACCAUCGACCGGGCGCUGGCGGGCCGCAUCUCGUGCACCAGCAGCCUGCAGGAGCUCGCGAGCAUCCCGCUGCCGUUCGCCGGCCGCCCCCUGGGGCCGAGCCCGCCGCACCUCGGGACCUGGAUGGUGUGGAUGGUGCACCGCCUUGCGCUCGACGACCCGUCGCUGACCGAGCUCGACUUCUCCACGUACGCCAUGCCGCUGCCGGAGGACGAGCCCCGCAUCGCGCCGAAACUGUGGGUGGCCCUGGCGCGCAACACGCACCUCAGGAGGUUGCUGCUUGAGGACACGAAUCUGCGGAGCGGCGGGGAUGGUGCUGCACGGGGGCCGGCUGCGGCCCUGGCCAGCAACAGGGUCCUGCGAGUCCUGAACAUCUCCUCGAACUUCCUGGGGCCCCGAGAUCUGCAGGCCAUCUUCGAGUCGCUGGGCCAGAACGCAGCUCUCGAGGAGCUGCGCUGCAACAACCAGUUCUGCGAGCCAGUGGACCUGGCCGCCUACAAAGCCCUGGCCGAGGUCAUGCGGCAGGGCUGCUCCCUGCGAAAGCUCGGCCUGGAGCUCAGGGACUCUCACCACAGGGACCAGAUCAACCGCGCGCUGGUCCGGAAUGCUGACGUAGCCAGGAAGAGGCUGAAGCACAGGAGGCUUGGGGGAGGAUGAAGAGGUGCGACCUCUCCACACCCUCCCGAUUCGCAGUUCCACCAUCUCAGGCGGUCCCCCCCCUGGACGCGUGCUCUUUUCCCAGCUGCCGCUAUCCACGCCUUCUGAGCAUUGCAUGGUGCACGUGCACGACGAUAGUUCUGAAUUCUUGCAGUCCGGGGCUGCCGUGGGCCAAGAGAACUCACGCGGGAGCCUCCAGCGGCGUAA